UGAAGUUGCACAAGCUGUCUGGUAAAAGCUAACGUUAGGCUAGUUAGAUGUAGCCAGCUAGCUUUAGAUUAUUAUCAUCGUACGCAGUAGUACGGUGAACAUUACAAACAGUACUACUGAAGGACAGCGAUAACAUUUCGCAGCCCAAUUUACUGAAAGUGACACCGUUGUUGUCGUCAACGUCCUCUGACUUAUUUCCAGCUUUAGCCGAGUCGUAUUAGCCUGAGCUAGCUCGGCUAGCCUGGCAGCGUAUGGGGCGUCAGAGUUAGCAGUGACUUCACUGCCUGUCUGGUUUCCUCAUCUGGCAUUUUGGACACGUCAAGGUUUAUUUUAAAUCUGAAACCUGAUUUCGGGGGGGUGUGAUGUCAGAACCGAAGAGCCCUACUCCCACCCCGGCCGGCGACACGUACAAAGGAUGGGUCUUCAAGUGGACAAACUACAUCAAGGGUUAUCAGCGAAGGUGGUUCGUUCUGAGCAAUGGCCUGCUAUCAUACUACAGGACCCAGGCUGAGAUGGGUCACACGUGUCGGGGCACAAUCAACCUAGCCACAGCGGUCAUCUCCGUAGAUGACGCCUGCAACUUCGUCAUCUCUAACGGCGGGGCUCAGACGUAUCACCUGAAGGCCAGCUCCGAGGUGGAACGUCAGCGGUGGAUCACUGCACUGGAGCUGGCCAAGGCCAAGGCAGCCCGCAUGCAAGCUGAGUCAGAUGACUCUGGUGACGACUUCUCCCCAUCGUCCCUGCCAGUGGGCGGAGGUCAGGGUGGGGGCCCUCAGAACUUGGAGGCCCAGUCUACUCUCCGAACGCUGGGCAGUAAGGUGGAGGAUCUCAGCACCUGCAACGAUCUGAUCUCCAAGCACGGCUCUGCCCUGCAGAGGUCUUUAUCUGAGCUGGACAGUUUACGGCUGACCGGAGAGGCCGGGGAUAAGAUUCGUCAGGUGACGGAAAGAGCCACGCUGUUCCGGAUAACCUCUAAUGCUAUGAUUAAUGCCUGCAGGGACUUCCUGGCCCUGGCGCAGAGUCACAGCAAGCGGUGGCAGAAAGCCUUGCAAGCUGAGCGAGAGCAGCGAGUGCGGCUGGAGGAGGCCUUAGAGCAACUGGCCAAACAGCACAACCACCUGGAGCGAGCGUUCAGAGGGGCCGGUCAGGCUCACUCUAUCGUGGACAAUAAAGGUGUUGCUGGGCCAGGAAAAGGUGAGGCGAGCGACGAGGACGAUGACAACGAGUUUUUUGAUGCCAUGGAGGACGCCCCCGAGUUUAUAACCGUACCUGCAGACCCACAGUUCCACAAACGUUCGAGCAGUAACACGAGCGGGUUGAACACCGAUAUGUGUGCAGACGAUCAGUCGCUCAACGAGGAGCCUCUCGCAAUGAACCAGGAGUCGCCCUCUCAGGAGCUGGUGCCGCUGAGAAAGAGGCGAACACGCAUCCCCGACAAGCCCAACUACUCUCUGAACCUCUGGAGCAUCAUGAAGAACUGCAUCGGCAAAGAUCUGUCCAAGAUCCCCAUGCCUGUGAACUUCAACGAGCCGAUUUCCAUGCUGCAGCGGCUGUCGGAGGACCUCGAGUAUCACGAGCUGCUGGACAAGGCAGCCAAGUGCCACAGCUCCCUGGAGCAGAUGUGCUACGUUGCGGCCUUCUGCGUAUCCGCCUACUCCACGACGGUGUACCGCACGGGGAAGCCCUUCAACCCGCUACUGGGGGAAACGUACGAGCUGGACCGCCGGAGAGAGAGCGGCUACCGCUCCCUCUGUGAGCAGGUGAGUCACCACCCUCCUGCUGCGGCACAUCACGCAAUCUCUGACCGAGGCUGGACUCUGAGGCAGGAGAUUACUGUUGCAAGCAAGUUCAGAGGCAAAUACCUGUCAAUCAUGCCUUUAGGCACUAUCCAUGCCAUUUUUGAGAAGAGCAGCAAUCACUACACAUGGAAGAAGGUUACCACCACAGUUCACAACAUCAUUGUUGGCAAGCUGUGGAUUGAUCAGUCUGGAGAAAUCGACAUAGUAAACCACACCACAGGGGAUCGUUGCCACCUGAAGUUUGCUCCUUACAGCUACUUCUCACGAGACGUAGCCAGAAAGGUGACAGGAGUGGUGAUGGACAAGGACGGAAAGGCCCACUAUGUGCUGUCGGGCACGUGGGACGAGAAGAUGGAGUUCUCCAGGGUCAUGCAGAGCAGUCGGGGAGGAGAGAACGGCACCGAGGGCAAACAGAAGACCGUAUAUCAAACCCUGAAGGCCAGAGAGUUGUGGAAGAGAAACCCUUUACCCGACGGAGCCGAGUCCAUGUACUACUUCACCGCCCUGGCUCUGACCCUGAACGAGCCCGAAGAGGGGGUGGCGCCCACCGACAGCCGCCGCAGGCCCGACCAGCGCCUGAUGGAGGACGGCCGCUGGGAUGAAGCCAAUGGCGAAAAGCAGCGGCUGGAGGAGAAGCAGCGCAGCGCCCGGCGUGAGAGGGAGCGGGAAGCGGCGAGCCAGCGCGCCUCCAGCCAGUCGGAAGAAGCUGUCGAUGAGGACUCUUUUGUUGAUCACUCCAUGAAAAGUGCUCCGCAUGACGCCUACAAAGCGCUCUGGUUCGAGAGCUGUGAGGACCAAAUCACAGGUGAGCAAGUUCACAUCUAUAAGGGAGGCUACUGGGAAACGAAGGAGCUCGGCAGCUGGGAGGGUUGCCCGGACAUAUUUUGACCCCUGAAGCGCUCUGCGGAGACUGACACACAUCAGAGCUGGACGGACAGCUUCACAAAGCCCCGUUUGUCCCGAUUGGACGGCUGCUCCCCUCCAGCGGCUCUCUGUUCUAAGAGAUCCUCCUCCUCAUCCCGGACGGUCACGACUGUCUUAUUCAGAGAUGCGAGAGAGAUUGAAGGAUCUAGUCUUCUGUGUCCAAUCAAGUCUCAAACUACUUUUUUCCUCUCGCUGUUGCAUAUCCAGGAGGAUUGGGAUUAAAUGUUUUUUUGUUUUUUUUAUUAUUAUUCUUAUUGUCGAGGGGUUUCUGAGUUGGCUCGGUCUGAAGAAAUAAGCAGUGCUUCCAAAUUUGUCGAGUCUGUGCCCAAGUCAAAUCAGGUGGAGAGAUUUCUUUCAGUGUGCUGUGAUAAAAUGAUCCACAGAACUAUCUGCUCAGAUAAUAACGCUAAAAAAGAGGGUAAAACCUGGCUAAUAUAUACAGUUAUGUUAAAAUAUGCUUACACUUUCAUUGAAAUGUCAACUGGUGGCCUUUAAAAUGUUUCUGUUUCUCUGAUUUAGUGUCUUAAUGUAAAGAAGUGAAGGUCUGCUUGUUUGUGUGCUUGUGGGUAAGACAUCUUAUCUGCUCUUCCAUUAAUGAAAAAAACAACAACAUGGCGACUGGAUUACAGUGCGCGCGAGAAAAGACUCGAUCAUCUAGAACACUUAUCGACCAUCAACACUGUCACAUUUUAUAGAUAGAUUUUUUUUAAAACAAGAUUUAAAGGAAGAUAUGACUGAAAAAGAAAUAACUCGGCUACAAGGUUUAAACAUUUAUCGCCUUAAAAAAGAGCAACCUGCUCUCAUCUGCUCUGUCGUCGCAGCUAAAUGAACAAAAAUGCCUGCAUUUAUUUGGUGUUUCAUGUAAAAUACAUGUUAGAAAUGACAGAAGUCUCAUUCACUCACGCAAGACGCCACGUCAAUAUUUGUUUUCAUAAGUAAAUUAAAUUUACUUAUAAAGACAAAUAAGUAUUUGUAAUUCAUCUGAUUUACUUUCAGAUAAAUUGCAAAUAAAGAAGAAUUAGUUGACAAAGUAUGGGACUCAAACGAUGACUAUAAAGCAAAUAUUUGAGGCAAAAGUAAACAUCACAAGCCCACUGUAUGUCUGAUGGAGAGUUAGUUUAUAUGCAAAUAUAAUUUAACACCAAAAACAUGAGUUGAAAUGUUUCCUUGUGUGUGUGCGUAUGUAUGUGCGUGUGAAUUUCAAACUUUGUAAGUGUACUUAAAAAUUAAGAGUUCAGACACAAAGAUGUGACGAAUAACAAUGAAUUUAUAAAUGUAUAGAAAUUCACAUUAUAGUAUUGACAAUUGUAGGGUUUUUUUUUUCCAAAUGUUUGGUUCUUGUAAUGUGGGAGGACUGUCUUCAUUUUUCAGAAAAAAAGGGAAUUCUGUACUUGACCGAGUAGAGACUUGACAUUGUUCAGUAUUUUGUAUUAACACAAAAGAGAAUCUGUAAUAAAUACUGCAACGUCAAAU